GGAAAACGAAAGUCAAGCUGACAGAACUCAAGACUUGAUAUGCAAAUGCCACACCUCAGACUUUUCUCUUCGAAGCAGCAUCAGGCGCAAAUCUAACUCAUAUUUAGGUCGAGGAGGAAACAGCUGAAUGAUGAGUGCUGCUCAGAGUCAAACAUCACUGGAGUCCAAACUGGAGGCCCUGCAGUGCCACUUCACCUGGGAUCUGGACCCCAGCAAGUCCAUACUUUUACGUCGAAAGGAAAAGUUCGAAGACAUCGGCACCGAGGAGGGAAACAGCUGGCUGGGUCACAUUUACAACCUGCGGGGGUUUGUUCAGUACAAGCUGGGGUUCACUGAAGACGCCCAGAGUUUCUUCAACAAGGCUGCAGAGGCCUUCAGGAAGAUAAGAAACGCAGAUGAGGGUCCCUGGUUGGUGGUGAACUACGGGAACCUGGCGUGGCUGCACCACCACCUGGGAGACCAAGCAGAGAGUCAGGCUUACCUGUCAAAGGUCGACGCCCUGAUGAAUAAAUACUCAUCUCCAUCCCAGGACCAGCUCCAUCCAGAGAUCUACGCUGAGAAAGCCUGGACCCUGAUGAAGUUCAGCAAAGAACAUAAGAAAGAGGCUGCAGAUUACUUCCAGAGAGCCAUCAGGAUGCAGCCAGACAUGGUGGAGUGGAACAGCAGCUACGUCUUAGGGUUAGUGGGCUCUUUCAGGCAAAACAAAAAGCUGAAGGCUGACGUCUUGGAGAAAAUGAGAAUGGCCAAGGAACAGGAUCCAGAGAACUUGUACCUCGCUGUUCACUACCUUCAUCAAUGUGCUCAGAAAGGAGAAAGUAUUGAAGAAGAAGCACGUGAGUUAGCCAGAAAGGUUUUGAAGAAUCCUGUCAGCAGCUACAGUGGUAUUAAACCAUUACUAAAGGUUUACAGUUACUAUGUUUCUAUUGAUGAAGCCAUUGAUUUGAUAGAGGAGGCUCUGAAAACCCAUCCAGAUGAGCGUUAUCUGAAGAGAUGUGCUGCACUCUGCUACAAAUGGAAAAUCCUUUAUUUCAGUGACAGUCGCCCAAAACCAAGCGUGAUAGACAGAGCAAUCAGUCUCCAUGAAGAGGUGAUUGCUCUCUACCCUCAUUCUUUCCUUAUGAAGAAAAUAGAACUUGCAAAUAUAUAUGCAAAGUUAAAUUACGGCCAGGCCGAAGCUGAGCAGAUAUAUCAGGAACUGCUAGAAAGUGAUCUGGAACCUGCAGACAAACAGAUGCUCUACAACAGCUAUGCAAUACAUUUACACCUCCAUUGUAGGGAUUACCAAAGGUCAAUACAAUAUCACAUGAAGGUGGCAGCGAUACCGCAUCAAUUCUCCCAUCGAUGGAACAGCAUCACUACUCUGAAGAAGAUUAGAGACAGAGGCAGGAGCCACAUGUGUAGAGAAAUAGAGGAGUUUCUGGAAAACCUGCAAGAGCCAUAGUGUUUCUAAAAGCACUGGUUCUAAAUCCAGAAA